AUGGCCGAGGAUGAAGACAAUGGAAUAGAAUACUAUGGCCGAAAGAAAGCCAGAAAAGAAGUCCUUGGUGGAUUUGAUUCGGAUUCAGAAGGUUAUGGUGGAAGCGACUCGGAGAAGGAAGAUGAGGACGCUUCUGUCGAUGAGGACGCUUCUGUCGAUGAGGCUGAAGAGAAGCCCGACGCAGAGGGCAAUGGCGCUGGGGAAGUCGAAGAAGAUGAAGAUGACAUGUUUGCAAGUGACAACGAGGACAAGAAAGAGGUGCCCAAGAAACGUGUGGGCUUUGACGUGGACGAGUUUGAGAGAGAACAAGGCGUGGGCAAGUACGAUAGCGAACGCCAACAUGCCGAUGACGAAGAUCUAGAUUUCAAGGGCUCACAUUCACAACUAGAUCUUGAUGACAAGUCCGACAAUUCUGAAGAAGAUGUUCAGAUCGAGGCGUUUGACCUACGACAGGAAGCAGAACUGGGCACCUUCGAUAAGGAUGGCAACUAUGUUGCCCAGGGAGAUGAUCAGGAAGACGCUGACGAGGCAUGGCUAAGUGAUGUUAAGCGAUCGGAUAUCGAGAAGGCAAGGCAGGCACAAGCACAGAGACAAGCGUCAUCGAACCAGAAAGUAUCACGGUCCACUGAAGAGCUUCUUAAGAUAGUGAUUGGCUUACUUGAACCAUCAGAAACACCACUAGAGGCAUUAUCAAGACUCAAUCCUGCAAAGAAAAGAAACAAGCGUCAUCCUAUCCUGGAGAAGGAGAAGCUACGAAAGGAAAAAGUCUACGAGAUUACUGGCGCAUGCGAUGAACUCAUGAACGAGAAAGGCAUUGCUCAGCUUUUCGAAAUGAGCAGAGAAGAGCUUAUGCGCUAUUUCAAGCAGGAAACAGGUGAAGACUUUGUCGUUAAUAGAGGUACAAAAAGGGGGCCAGAUAGUCUCGAUAAUGAUGAUGAUCAAGAGAUGCAAACUGAGGACUACGGCCCCAAAGUUUGGGAAUUUCGAUGGAUUGGAGAUGAGACAGUCAACGGUCCGUACUCUGCUUAUGAGAUGAGCUACUGGAAAGGUAAUUACUUCAAUGGUGGCGUGGAAGUAAGACGCGUAGGCGACCCAAGCUUUAGACAAUUGACGGAUGAUGACUUCUAA